GAGCGCCGUAUCAAAAUUGAUGACUGCAUAAGGUUAAUGGAUUAUGUACCUAAAUUAAGAUGAUUAUUUAUAACCAGGCCAGCCAUACUUACAGGCACUCAGUCUCUAGGCAUGGUUAUAUAAUGGCCAUCAUCUCCCACCAUUUAAUACAAAAUCUCAAAUGCAUCGCGGAUAAAGCAGCUCCCGCUACGUCAAGUGUUUGCGAAGAUGGAAAGCAUCCAAUUCCAAGAUUAUAUUGCCAUCUGUCAGCUUGCUUUUGAGUGGGCUGAUAGCUACGACAAAAAGGACUGGAAUCGGCUUCGCAAUAUUCUAGCGUCAAACCUGAUGGUAGACUACAGCAUCAUCGGUCACCAAUGCUUCCCACACAUGAAGUCCGAGGAAUUCAUUUCUAUGAUGAGCUCUCCCAAUCUCCUGGGAGACCCCCUUGUUCACACUCAACACCUUCUUGGUGCUGCCAAAUACGAGUGGGUGUCUGAGACGGAGAUUGUUGCUGUUUAUCAGAUUCGCGCAGCACACCAGCGCUAUGCGAACCCUGAUCUUACCAGCGUCACACGUCGGGGCCACGGCUAUGGCACUGUUAAACACUGGUAUGGGAAGAUUGAUGGAGUCUGGAAGCUUGCUGGAGUGCGCCCGGAGCUUUAUUGGACUGAGCAUGACUUUUCCAAGAUCUUCUCCCAACCAUCUGCAUAGGGAAGGGCAAGAGGGCUCUGUUUUGCAUGAUAAAUUGCGCUAGAAUCUACAGAACAAGGCAAGGAUGCACUCUGUUAAAGACACAAAUGACAAUAUCAACCCAAGAAACGAGUUACACCUC